GCGCCCAGCCGGCCGACGCGCUGGGCAUGCUGCUGGUGCGCUGGCUGCUGUUCCGGCUGACGUUCGCCAGCGGCAUGCUGAAGCUGCUGGGCGGUGGGCCGGCCUGGUGGGGGCUGACGGCGCUGGAGACUCUGUUCGAGAACCACUGGCUGCCGACGCCGCUCUCGUGGGUGGCUCACCAGCUGCCGGCGCCGGCCCUGAGGACGGUGCUGGUCGCCGUGCUGGUCGCCCAAAUCGCCGUGCCCGUGCUGUUCUUCGCGCCCGUGCGCCAGCUCCGGCUGUUUGCCUUCUGGACCCAGGUCGCCCUGCAAGUGGCCGCAAUGCUGACAGGCAACUGCAGCUUCUACCACAUCCUCGUCAUCGUGCUCUGUCUCUCGCUGGUCGACGAUGACUGGCUUCAGGGCAGGCGGCAAGCUGGCGCCGGCGUACCGGGCCUGCUAGCGACGCUGGCGACGCUGGUCGUGUACGGCGCCCUGCUGCUGGGCGCCGUGUUCCUCUUCGAGCUGCGCCUCGACUACGGAGGGCUGGCAGCGCGGACCGCCUUCACUAAGAGCGACUUCGAGGAGUUCGCGCAGAAGGCCGUCCCCGGCAGCAUCGCGUUAGGAGCCGCCGCGUUCUUGCUGGCAGCUGCCGAGGCGCUCACCUCAGCGCUGAUGGACUCGCCCGGCCUGUGCAGCGCUCUGGAUGCUAUCUGGAAGACCCUCGUCUCCGUGGCGGUGGCUGCUCUGGUGUUUGGCGUCUCGCUGGUGCCGUUCUCCUCCCUGGACGCGGCGACGCAGGGGGCGCUGCCGACCCUGCUGCGGGACGUGGCCGGCCCGCUGCAGCAGCACCGACUGCUCGGCCAGUACGGCCUCUUCCACGAGCUGGCCGGCGCCGGAGGCCGCCGGGAGCUGAUCCUGGAGGGCGCCCACUCCGCCAGCGGACCGUGGAAGGAGAUUGAGUUCAAAUACAAGCCGGGAGAUGUCGCCGCUGCACCGAG